AAACCAACAACUCUUCAACAGCCAUUUACGCACCUAUCAUCAUCGAGAAAUAAAGCACCAUGCCUGAGACCAAACACUUUACUCAUACCAUCAAGCUAUCUCCUGGCUCUUCCCAUGCGGGACAAGACUUCGAGGGCAGAUUAGCCUACUGGAGUCUGGGCGACGCUUCCAAGCCCACGGUAUUGAUGCCGACUUGUUUUGCCGGAAAGCUGGAAACCACAACUCCUUUCUUGUACGACCCUGACACUUCCGCACUGCCGUUGUCUAAAUACCAUGUUUUGGUGGUGGGGCAAUUGGGUGGCGGGGAGAGCUCGUCGCCAUCAAACCAACCUGCCCCAUUCUCUGGCGUCGACUUCCCGAGAGUGACGUAUGAGGAUAACAUACACUUGCAACAUGCCCUUUGCCAGAGUCUGGGUGUCAAGCAUUUGGAAGCAUACAUUGGUUUCUCAAUGGGUGGACAGCAAGCAUAUCACAUGGCCGUUCUCUACCCUGAUUUCGUGUCCAACAUUGUGAUGCUAGCUACCUCGGCUAGAACGUCAGCACAUAACUGGAACUUCCUCGAAGGACCAAAAGCUGCAUUGGAAUCAUCAGUCGACUUCGAGGAUGGUCGUUAUAAGAUCCAACCAACCAGAGGUUUGAGGGCUUUCGGCAGAGUGUACUCUACCUGGGCACUCAGUCAAGAAUGGUACAGGCAAGAGUGCUGGAAGGCUACUGGCUAUGACACGCUGGAACAAUAUCUCCAAAACAACUGGGACAAGAGGUCGAACGAUGCUAACGACUUGCUCUCCAUGCUAUGGACAUGGCAACACGGAGACAUCACUUCUUGCUUCCCCGAAGAUAAGGGUGAUCUGCCGACAACUUUGGGCAGGAUCGAGGCAAAAUGCGCGAUUAUGCCUUCUAAAACAGACAUGUACUUCCCACCAGAGGAUAGCGAGGAAGAGGUCAAGCAUGUCAAGAAUGGAAAGCUGGCUGUGAUCCCAAGCAUAUAUGGUCAUCUUGCUGGCGGUGGUGCGGGCACGGCCGAGGACAAGAAGUUUAUCAACGAGCAGGUCGCAGAGUUGCUGAAAUCGUGAUGGAUUUCGCUGUAAAUGAACGUGGAUUGAAGCUUAUUAGCACUGCAAUACGCCAUAAAGCAAGGCUUUGUAGAAGUUGCGAUGAAAUUGCAUUUUCGGCAGUCCAAUACAGGAAAGCACGACUCGAA